GCGAUGGCGGCUCUGGCGGCCCUCGGGGCUCCCCCGGUCCCCGAAAUCUUCGCCACGAUGGAGGAGGGGCCGAUCCCCGGCGAGAUCAACCCAGGAGAGGCAUGGCUGGAGUCCCACGGCCGCAGCCUCGGACACUUUGUGGACGGAACGUGGCUGAAAGCAGCGGGGAGGACGAGCCUGGAGUGCCAGGAGGCCACCACCGGCCGGACGGUGGCCACGGUGCCGGCCGGGGACAGCUCGGACGUGGCCGUGGCCGUGGCGGCGGCGAAAGCGGCGGCCGAGGCCUGGGCGGGGCUGGGGGGGCCCCAGCGGGGGCAGCGCCUGACCCGGCUGGCCGCCACGCUGGCAGGUGACCGCAGGGGGACCAUGGGGGCCCUGCUGGCCCUGGCCGGGGGGCGGCCGCUCUGCCGGACGCUCGGGGCCGACCUGGACCUGGGGCUGCGGCUGCUCCAGGUGCCCGCGGCGGGGGCCCAGCUCGGGCCCCCCGGACUGGAGGGCUGGACCCCGCUGGGGGUGGUGGCCGUGGUCCUGGGGGGUCCCUGCUCGCUGCCAGCGUUGCUCUGGAAAUUGGGGCCACUCCUGGCCAUGGGGAACACGGCUCUGGUCCUCUCCCCUCCGGCCGCGGCUCCACCGCUGCUGCUGCUGGGGGAGCUCAGCGGGGAGGGGGCGGCGCUGCCCCCCGGGGUCCUCAACGUCCUGGCGGGACCCCCGGGGCUGUGCCGGGCCCUGCACACCCACCCCGAAGUCACCUCUGUCACCUUCCUGGGAGCCCCCCAGGAGGAGCUGGAGGCCCUGGUUUGGGGGUCCCCGUGCCGGGGACCGCGCCUGGGGGGUCCCCGGGGGGGCCGCGUCGUUGUCAUCGUCCUGGACUCGGCCGACCUGGACAGCGCCGCCGCCGCCAUCGCCGCCACCGCCGCCGCCCCCCUAGCGCUGUUCCCGUGGGGGGGGUGCGUGGUGCUGGCACAGGACGCGGUGGUGGCAGCUCUGGAGCGGCGGCUGUGGGCCCGGCUUGGGGGGCUGCGGCUCGGGGACCCCACGGACCCCAAAACGGAGGUGGGGCCGCUGCCCCCCGGGACCCGCCCGCCUGAGGGGGUGGUGCAGGAGGCGCGGGAGGAAGGAGCUCAGGUUUUCCAGGCUCCACUGCCGCCACUGCCGGAGGGGGGGUGUCGUUUCUACCCCCCCACGCUGAUCUCGGGGGUGGCCCCGACCUCGCGCUGCCUGCGGGAGCCGGCCCCAGGGCCACUGCUGGUGCUGCUGUCCGUGCGUGGCCCCACGGAGGCCGUGGCCUUGGCAUCAGCCCUGCCCCAAACCGCGGCCGCUGCCGUCUGGGCCCAGGACAUCACCGUGGCCUUGGACACGGCGGACAGGCUGCCCCAGGGGCUGGUGUGGCUCAACGCCCUGGACCUGCUGGACCCCAGCGGGGGCUGCGCCGGGGGGGCCGCAGACACUGACCUGGAUGAGGCGCUGCGAGAAUUCGGGUGCCCCCCCUGGGAACAGCCCUCCAAGGUGGAUGAGCUGCUCAGCCCCCUGGUGACCGUGGAUGACCCCGGCGAUCCCGAGCUGGCUCAGGCCGUGGCCGCGGCCCGCGGGGCUGCCCCGGGGUGGGGGCGGCUGCCGAGAGCGUCGCGGGCCCGGGUGUUGCGGGGGGCGUCGGCGGCGCCGGCGGGGGGACGCGGGGCCCCCGAGGACGGCGACAACGGCGACACGGCCGGGGGCCUGCAGAGGGCGCUGCUGCGCUGGGCGGCGCGCGUGGAGCGCGCGGGCGGGGCCGUGCAGGACGUGCCCGGGGGGCGGGCACUGCUGGCGAGGCGGCCGCUGGGGGUGCUGGGCGUGGCCUGGGGCUGGCCACGCCCAUUGGAUAUGCAGCUCCUCCUCCCGGCGCUCGCGCUCGGAAACUGCGUGGUGGUGGUGGUGCCCCCUGGCGGCGCCGGCCCCGCACAGCGGCUACGGAAGGCUCUGGUGGCCGCGGGGCUUCCGGGGGGUGUCCUGACGGUGCUUCCCGGGAAUUCCCGGGGCUCCGGAUCUCGCCUGGCGCGACAUCACCCGGACGGGCUGUGGCUCUGCGGGGGGGACGCGGACUGCGACUGGGCCUCUGCCGCGAGCGUCCCCCGCGUUUGGGGGGUCCCGGCGGGACUCCUGGGGGCUCCGGGGCAGGACCCUCCCCCCGGCGCCGAGCGGGAGCUGGAGCUGCGCUGCACCCGCCCCCACUGCCUUUGGCUUCCGGGGGGCGCUCCCUGAGACGCCCCCCAGAACCCCCCAAAUCUGCGAGGAUUUCAGACCUCACACUGUGCCCCCAGCCCCGCGACCCCCGCCCCAAUAAACCGCUCCGAUCCGCA